GAACAUCUUAUAAACCGGAUUGCACUGAGAGGAGGAAAAAAAAAAGCAAAAAAGAUACAAAAUAUACAAGCAAAAGGCAACAACUCCCCGCUCUCCAGCAGUCGCCCACCCUCCCUUUCCUUCUCUCCUGCUGGCCAUCUGCCUUGGGUUUUCCUUUGUGUCUGAUCUUUUACUACUGAGCCGAGUGCAGGAGGAGGGUGCAACACACACAGGGACUAUGCCCAGCUCGCUUUUUGCAGACAUGGAGAGGAACGGGAGCGGCGGCGGCGGCGGCGGCGGCGGUGGUGGUGGUGGAGGGGGAGAGACCCUGGAUGACCAAAGAGCCCUUCAGAUCGCCCUGGAUCAGCUCUCCCUGCUGGGGCUGGACAACGACGAGACGGGCUCCAUUUACGACAGCGAGCCUCGGAAAAAGAGCGUGAACAUGACUGAAUGCGUCCCGGUGCCCAGCUCGGAGCAUGUCGCUGAGAUAGUGGGGAGACAAGGUUGUAAAAUCAAAGCUCUGCGGGCAAAGACCAACACCUACAUCAAGACCCCAGUUCGCGGGGAGGAGCCGCUCUUUGUUGUGACGGGCAGAAAGGAAGAUGUGGCCAUGGCCCGCAGGGAGAUCAUCUCGGCAGCCGAGCACUUCUCCAUGAUCCGAGCCUCGCGGAACAAGAACACGGCCCUGAACGGCACCGUUCCCGGCCCCCCGAACCUGCCCGGCCAAACCACCAUCCAGGUGCGGGUGCCUUAUCGCGUGGUGGGCUUGGUCGUGGGGCCCAAGGGGGCCACCAUCAAGCGCAUCCAGCAGCAGACGCACACCUACAUCGUGACCCCGAGCCGGGACAAGGAGCCGGUCUUCGAGGUGACAGGCAUGCCCGAGAACGUGGACCGGGCCCGGGAGGAGAUCGAGGCGCACAUCGCCAUGCGCACCGGCGGCAUCAUCGAGCUGACGGAUGAGAACGACUUCCACGCCAACGGCACGGAUGUGGGCUUCGAGCUGAACGGCACGGGCAGCCUGUGGAGCAAGCCCACCCCGCCCAGCAUCACGCCCACCCCGGGCCGCAAGCCCUUCUGCAACUACCGCAACGACAGCUCCAGCUCGCUGGGCAGCGCCUCCACCGACUCCUACUUCGGGGGCGGCACGGGGGGGGGCGGCGGCGCCCGCCUGGCGGACUACAGCCCCCCGAGCCCGGCGCUGAGCUUCACCCACAACGGCAACAACAACAACAACAGCGCCAACGGCUACGUGUACGGCGGGGGCGGCGGCGGCGGCGGCGGCGGCGGCGGCGACGUCCUCUCCUCCCCGGACUGCUGCUCCGAUCUGCCCUUCGACUCGCCGCCCGGCUUCGACCUGGCCCCCGCCCCGCCGCCGGGGGCCGCCCUCAUCUGGCCGCAGUUCGAGCGCGGCCCCGCCGCGCCCCCCUCGCCCGCGCCCGCCGCCGCCGCCGCCGCCACCGCCGCCUUCCCGGGCGCCGCGCCCGCCAAUGCCAACCUGGCGCUGCUGGUGAGCGGCCCCCGGCGGGGCGGCGGCGCCCCGCCCCCGGCGCGGCUCUCCCCGCCCCUGCACGGCAGCGCGGCGGGGCCCGAGCACCCGCUGGCGCGGCGGGUGCGCAGCGACCCGGGCGGGCGGCUGCUGGCCGCCUCCUACCCGCUGUACGCCAACGGGCUGGGCGCCCACCUGCCGGGGCUGCCCUCCGACUCGUCGGCCUCCUCCUCCUCCUCGUCCAGCUCCUCGUCCAGCUCCUCCUGCUCGUCGUCCGGCGUGCGGCGGAAGGGCAGCCGCGACUGCUCGGUGUGCUUCGAGAGCGAGGUGAUCGCGGCGCUGGUGCCCUGCGGCCACAACCUCUUCUGCAUGGAGUGCGCCAACCGCAUCUGCGAGAAGACGGAGCCGCAGUGCCCCGUCUGCCACAGCGCCGUCACCCAGGCCAUCCGCAUCUUCUCCUGAG